CAGCCAAUCUACCUAAUCUACAGCCAUGGCCAAGGUUUUCAAGAAAACCAGCGGAAAUGGCCAGUUGACCCUUUUGCUGGGGAAGAGAGACUAUGUUGACCAUGUGGACAGUGUUGAUACCGUUGAGGGUGUGUUGAAAGUUGACCCUGCUGGCCUGAAUGGCAAGAAAGCCUGGAUUCAGCUGUGCGCCGCUUUCCGCUACGGUCGCGAGGACCUGGAUGUCAUUGGCCUGUCCUUCAGGAAAGACAUCUGGUUCCAGCAGGUACAGCUGUACCCCCCAGCAGACCACAAGCCCGCCAAGACAGCCAUGCACGAAGCCCUGAUGACCAAGGCUGGGGAACAGGGCAUCCCCUUCACUUUCCAGAUCCCAACAAACCUGCCAUGCUCUGUCACACUCCAGCCAGGUGACGAGGACAAAAGCAAGGCUUGCGGUGUGGACUAUGAGGUCAAGGGAUAUGUUGCAGAUGCGGCUGACAACCCUGAUGAGAAGAUUGAGAAGAAGGACACAUGCCGGCUAAUCAUUCGUAAGAUUCAGUUUGCCCCUGACAAGGCUGGAUCAGGCCCCUCACAAGAGGCCAGCAAGAACUCCAUCAACAUCACAGCCAGUCUAGACAAGGAGAUCUAUUACCACGGGGAGGGCAUCCCCAUCAAAGUCAAGGCCACAAACAACAGCGGCAAAGUCAUGAAGAAAGUCCAGAUUAAGAUUGACCAGACCACAGAUGUGGUGCUGUACUCUGCUGACAAAUACACAAAGAGCGUCGUAAACAAGGAGUUUGAUGAAUCGCUGGAUAACGGUGCAACACUGGACAAGACUUUCACGGUCACUCCACUGAUGUCUGAGAACAAGGAGCAGAAGGGCCUGGCUCUGGACGGCAGACUCAAGGAUGAGGACACCAAUCUGGCCUCAACCACAAUUUUGAGGCCUGGAAUGGAGAAGGAGGUCUUGGGAAUCUUGGUCACCUACAAAGUCAAGGUCACCUUGACAUCAGGUGGUGGAGGCAUGCUGGGAAGUCUGACAUCCACUGAGGCAACAGUGGAGGUUCCCCUUAUCCUGAUGAACCCCAAGCCUGCAUAAAGAGCAUGAACAUAUUAUGUCUCAAAAGGUGUAGAAUACACGGCACAAAGAACAAGCUCAAUAGGAAACACACCCCACAUAGACCUCCCCAGCAGUGAAUGGACCACGUUGAAAACACCAUCAAAGAGGACAAGAGGAAAACGUGACCGCAAAGGAUGAGACCAAUGGCAAUGAGUAGGAGACGAGCAUAUUGGUCCAAGAGGGAAUCACUGAAAGCAUGGAAACAUCAGAGUGAAAAGGAAAAAACCCAAUGAUCACAGCAACAGAUAGGACCGUCAACUCCAACAUCCCUGCUGUCCUGUCCGUGCCUGUGUGCCUCAUAUGCUACAUGCACCAUGCUCAGAGAGACAGCAGGGGGCGCCUUCUCCAAAGAACUUGGCCCACAUGCCGCCAAGUCCAAAAAUGAAAGCACACAAUGUACAGUAGCAAAACAUCCAGAGUCGACAUAUCUGAGACUGCCUAAGAAUGUGACAGUAUCAGCAUAUUAGUUCUUCUUAACUUGAUCUGUCACCGGUAAACGCAGAACUUGAAAAAAUAUGUGCGCUCCAUGUAAAGUGAUAAGGAAGUGGAUGUGAUUUCGGAUGUAAUGUUCUUAGGGUGUGUUUUACGUGUCUAGCUCUCACCAUUCCUCUUGAUCUAGAAAAGAUGUGUUUAUUUUAAAGGAAUCUUCAUUACAGAGUACUGUUUGUCAUGUUUGAUGUUGUUUUUGAUUGAUAUGUGACUGA